CAAUGGGUGGGGCUGAGAGCUUUCAAUUCCCUGAGUGUGGGAGCAGCUUCCUGACAUCAGUAACCGGCAGCGACAGAGUUAACCGACACACGGCCCGUCCGGCUCCUGCGGGAGCUGAUGGUGUGUAUUCAUUUUCAGAUCUCCAUGGGCCAGUCUAACUGCUUGCCCAUCUGUCAUCUAUAGCCUCCUGCACGGCAUCAUGUCGGAGGAGUGGAAUCAGAAAAAGCUAUCUCUGCAGCCAGAGGAGGGCCGCUAUGACUCUGGGAUCGCAGAUUCCGUACAGUCCCUGGGUGAUGACGGAGUGUCCAGGCUACACUCCCUGCUGGAGGAAGGAGAUGGCAAGCAUCACGGUGUCCGCUCACAGGUCCCAGUGACUGUAGAGGACAAGUUGCCUGAGAUCUAUGAACUGGAGAGGAUAGACUCUACGUAUGGAUCUUCUUCUCUCAUAGAGUCCAUAUCAGCCAGCUGUGUGUCCCAGAGUACUCCUACCGAGAGACCAGCCCUCCAAGAGGUCAGAAAAUUGGACCCCCAGCAGCUGGACGCCUUGAUCUAUGUGUCUGAGGAUGGAGACACGCUCCUUCACCUUGCCAUCAUUCACUCCAUGCCGGACAUCGCUCUGUAUUUUACAUCGCUAGUGACCAAGGACAUCUUGGAUAUCCAGAACGACCUGUAUCAGACUGCACUGCAUCUGGCUGUUUACCUUGAUCAGAGAAGGGUUGUGGAAGCUCUGGUAUUUAAGGGAGCCAACGGGGAGCUGCAGGACAGGAAAGGGGACACAGCUCUGCACGUGGCCUGUGACAACCAGCACUUGGAAUGUGCCAGGAUCGUGCUGCAGGGUCUCAGGGGCCAACUGAACAUGCACCUUCAGAACUGGAACGGUCUGUCCUGCAUUCACGUUGCCACCUUGAAAAGAGACCGUGCACUCAUCUCUCUGUUACUGGAAAGUGGAGCAGACAUCAAUGAUCAGGAGGGCACUAGUGGAAAGACUCCCCUCCAUCUGGCAGUGGAAAUUGCAGACUGCUCGUUGGUGACCGAACUGCUAAGUUAUCGUCCAUGUGUGAACGCCACCAUGUACAAUGGCUGCACCCCUCUGCAUUUGGCUGUGGGCAGAAAGGAUGCUGCUUUGGCCAGACUUUUGUGCCAGGCGGGGGCAGACACAUUGAUAAGAAACCGGGAAGGGGACACUCCCCAUGAUUUGGCAGAAGGAAAUAACCAGCUUCUGGCUCUUCUCCCUUUCGAUGACCUGAAGAUCUCUGGCCAGCCUGUUGUGACUUCAGCAUAGUUCCUAGCGCCAGCCCAGCAUCUUCACUCUUAGUGACCAUGCGGUCAACUUCUCUUGCUCUGUUACUUGGCAUAGACCGAUUACUGGGACUAAACACAUGAUCGAACUCUGUACUGGGAAUGUGGCUCUGCCCUGGGACUGUGCCCAAGCUGGGAGUGUGACUGUGCCCAAGCUGGGAGUGUGGCUCUGCCCUGGGACUGUACCCAAGCUGGGAGUGUGGCUCUGCCCUGGGACUGUACCCAAGCUGGGAGUGUGGCUCUGCCCUGGGACUGUGCCCAAGCUGGGAGUGUGGCUCUGCCCUGGGACUGUGCCAGUCUUUGCAUCCUUAUUGAACCUGUACAGAAGAUGUUCACAUGAUAAAGAAAACUUCUCAUCAUGCCACAGUUUACUUGGUAGAGAUGGGCACAGUGUAAUACAUAGCAGAGAAUUCCCCCAUUAACCAAAAUGAUGAUUAAUCCUUCCAAGCUUCUUCCUUCAGGCUCCCAUUAAGCUGUAGUGACUAACUAAAGGACCUUGCCAAAUGGAACCAGAGUGGACUAUGGGUUCCCUUGCAGCAUUAUUUUGAGUUAAGGAUUAUUUGUGCACAAGUUUCAUCACAUUGCUGUCUGCAUGGUUCCCGAGAUUGCUGAUCUGACCGAUACAAAGAGAUAUUCCUGAUUAAUGAACUCGUUUAAUACUGCCAGUAUCACAGUGUAUAAAGUCACUAUCGGUCCAAAUCCCAGCAUUCACGGCGGCUCUUGCCGAAGCAGUGCUUUUUUUUUAUAUAUUAAUUAAUUUGUAUAAGUGACUAAAUUAAGGUUUUCUCGUGAUUCCAAAGCACUCUGUGCAGCCUUUCCCAUGGAUUGGCUCCUAUGGGAUACAGUUAUUAUUUAUCCUCUGAUUUAAGUAAAAUGUGCGGUGCAGACAGAAUGAAGGGUAAAAGGUAUCCGGUAAUUAAAUUCAUGUGUUUACACAGAAUGGUUUUAUAUAUAUAUUUUAAUCUCCGACACUGAAAUAAAAAUGGCUGCUCUGUGACCUCCUCACACACUC